AUGCUCGUUGUAUCAUGUGAUGAUGAGGACGAAGCAUUUAAGCUGGGAGAUUUGAAAAUUUCGAACCUCAAAGGGUAUCUUCAUAUUUGUAGAUGUGGUGAAAACCUACAAAAUGUGAAUGCGGCUGAGAAAGCAGAACUCAUUACUGGAGGGAACCUUGUUGAUUUGAAUCUAGAUUUUGAUUGGAGUGAAGAGAGGACACUUGAAGAUAAAAUUAUACUUGAAGCUUUACGACCACAUCCGAAUUUGGAAUCUUUAAGAGAUUCGAAAAUAUUUGAGGCACCACCAUAUCCCCAGAUUGAAUGUGGCUUUGCUUCACCUAGUGAGUGA